AUGGACGAUCGCGAGCGGACACGUCGCCAGCUGGCGCUGGAGACUAAGCGUCGGCAGAAGCUCUUCGAGGAAAAGGCCAAACGGCGCCAGAUGGAGGAGGAGAAGCUGGCCGAGAACAAGCUGAAGGCGCGGCGGGCUCAGCGCAACCAAGCCGCCGCCCUGAUUCGCACACCCACGGAGCCAUCGCCCUCGUCCGGCGCCGGGGCCAACCGCAAGAUCCUGCGCAAGGGCACCGGCACCGCGGGAGCGUUCGGGUCCAAGGGCCUUCCCUGCAAGUCCCCAGCCCCCGUGCCGCCUCGCACCGGGUUUGCAUCAAAGGCGGCGAAGAAGGCGACGCCGCCGAACCAUCCCCGCCCGUUCACGACGUCGGGCGGCGCCGGCGGCGUCGACGGGCGGCAUCUUCGGGAUUUCAUCCGAGAUCGACGCGACGCCGUGCGAAGGGCCAACGAGGACCUCCGGAACGUCGACGCGGACGAUUCGUUCGCGUCGUCGGCUAAAUCCACGGCGCCGUGGCGCGAGCUCAAGGCGAACGCGGCCGCGGACCUGGGCGCCAUCCUCGGCGAGCUCGCGCCCCCCGCGGAUCUGCUCGAUCUUCCGAAGGAACCCACGGAGGAAUCCGUCGCGAGCGCCGCCGGGGCAAAGGCGAACGUCCGCCGGCGCGCGGUCGACGGCGCCGGGGCUGGGACGUCGAGGAGUGAGAGGGUGUACGACGGGGAUGGCGCCCGCGAGAACGGCGCCCAAACGCUGGAUGAUCUCACGUCGUUUUCACCGGGUGAGGGCGAGCGUAAGCUCACGUCGUUUUCACCGGGUGAGGGCAAGACGACGGCGGAUCCGCUGUGGAUGCGCGCCGCGUUCCACCGAGAACGGAGCGAGGAGUUCACGCCGCUCACCGGACAUCCGCCCUCGAAGGGAUCGACGCCGAGGAGGGUGCUGCACGGGUUUCCAAAGUCCGUCACGCCCCCCGCGCCCCCCCCCGAGGAGUGCGAGUUUACGCACGCGCUGCCGUCGAACCUCCGAGCGAAGGAGCCACCCCUUUCGGAGUCGUCAGAGUCGGAGCGGGAUCCGGAGCGCGAGUCCGAGUCCGAUUCCGAGUCUGACGACGACGAAUCCCCGAGCUGGGUCAUCCGCGCGACGGCGUGCGACACCCCGAUCGAACCGGCAGAGCCCUCUGUGCGGGAUAGCCUCGAGGCCGGGUCGGCGCCGGCGGCUGAAAAUUCGCGCCCGAGCGGCCCGUCGCCGAGGAUAUGGGCCGAGGGCGACGACGUCAGCGACAGCGAGCACGAGAUGGACGCAUCGGAGACGGAGGACGACGAUGCGAUGAACGCGGGUGGGGACGAGCGCGAGCGCGGAACGGGGUUUGGAACGAACCUGUUCAGGGAUAGCCUCGCGGGGAUGGACAUCCCGGGCGAAGCGGGGGUGGCGUCGAGCGUCGCGGAGAUCGCGUCGUCCGUCGAAAAGGCGCUCAACAGCAUGGAAACGUUCCAGCACAUCGAGAAAAAAGUCAUGGGGGAGUCACAGCCGGUGCCAGCGCCGGUGUCGCGCCCUUCGCGUAAGUUUGGGGAUGGGAUCGUGUCCGGGCGGAGGAUAUCCCCCGCUAAGCUCGCGCGUGAAUCGGGAGAGGGGGAGGAUGGGGAGGCGACCUCUCCCACGUCGCCUCUUCCGCAGGUUUCCACGCGUCGCACGUCGCCGCUGGAGAUGGAGAGAGAGCGUCGCCGCGAGCGCGAACGCGCGGAGCGGGAUGAAAAGGAGCGGAGCGAGGCUGAGGAGAUGGAGGCUCGGCUGGAGCGGGAGCUGGCUGAGCUCCCGACGCGGAAAACAACCGCCGACGACUUGGACGAGUCGACGGAUGACGCGAGGUACGAUUACGUGGACGAGGACGAGGCUGUCGCGGCGGCCGACGCGAUUCCCGAUGACAUGCCGCCGCCGCGGGCGCACACCCCGGAGCCCGACGAGGAUGAGGAACCCGAGGAUGCGCACCACCGGACACCCUCGGCGGCGGCGGGGUAUCAUCCCCGGCAUCACACCCCCGCCACGGAUCCGUAUCACCAUCAGCAGGUGUACCGCGCCGCGGCGAGGAAACACCACGCCGCGGUCGGGUCGGGGUACGGCGUCGCGGCUGACGUGAAGCAAGCGCGGCUCGCGCGCGUCGCGAGUGCCCCCGCGGGUGCUCGCCGACCCAGCCCGAUUGAGAAGGUUUUCAAGGUUGCGGAGAAGCCUCUCAAGUGCCAGGGUUCGUACGUGGCCGCCGCCGAGGAGGCGGAGGCGCGGAAACGACGCGAAUCCGCGCGAAGGGCCGCGCUCGAGGCUGAGGCCGAAGCCGCGAGGCGCGAGGCGGCGCAGGCGCAGAUGGGACGAAGGGCGCAGAGCGCCGAUGUCCGGUACGUCCCCGUGUUCCAACCCCCGGGUGGGUCCCCGCAGUAUCACGUACACCCGGGGUACCACUCCCCGCCCGGGUACGACGCUUACGGACAACCGCAGCAGCAGCAGCAGCAGCAGCAGCAGCAGCAGCAGCACGUGCAGCAGUACACGGAUCCCCACAUGCAGUGGCAUCCGGACCCGCGGCAGUAUCAGCAACAGGCUGCGGCUCAGAUGCACCCCGCGCACCACCCGCGCCCUCACCAUCAUCAUCAUCAGCAGCAGCACUGGCAGCAGUACCCCCCGCAACACCUCCACCACCACCACCGCCACCACCCCGCGAUUACCCCACAGCCGCAGCCCGCGACGACGCCGAGGAAGGAGGGGGCCAAGCGCGUCACGCCCCAGGGUCGGCGCGCGCCCUCCGGAUCUGGCCGAAGGUACGCCGAAACCGCGCCGCCGAAGCCGAGGGUUAAGUUUGCGGAUACGAAAGAGGGGCGCGCGGUUCGCGAGCUCCUGGGUAAGAGCUCAGCCGGCGCGGGUGAGGAGCGGUACGUCAACAGGGUGAAAUCCUCGACGGGGUCGCCCACGUCCCUGUCGCUCGAGGAGGCUAAGCUUCUCGCUUCCCUCAAGCGACUGGACGCGCACUGCCUCGCCGUUCCCGUCGACAACAUGCGCGGCUCCGCCUUGGACAACGGGUAUCACGACUCACCGUACGUCGACCCCGGCAUGGGCGGGCGUCGUAGCGUCGAGGAGGCUGCGCUCAUGGCGUCCCUCGCGAGGCUGGAUACCCAGCUCGGCGGGUUGGGUCCCCCCGAGCGAGAGAUGCGAGAAAUCGAGGAGCGAGUCGCGAGAGUCGGUCGCGACGUCGGCGUCGUUCGCCCCCACCGCGUGAUGCCCCACGCGGCACCCCCCGCGGUGUUUGGGACGCCGCAUACGGUGCACUACGGGGUAUCCCACGUGAGCCCGCCGCCCGUGCCCCAGUACGAGCCGAGUCCCGUGGGAGCCGGGGGCGCGGGACACGCCAGCCGGCGCAGGUUCGAGUACCAGCCGCCGCCGCUGCCGCCGCCGACGAGGAGGUGGAGGCCGCCCAACCGCGAGGCUGGCGACGUGGUGACGGACCACUGGGGGGCGCCGCCGCCGAAGGUGGAGAGCGCGCGGCGUGGGAGGGUGCGAACGGCGGUGGGCUUCACCCUGCCCAAGGUUCAGACGAGGCACCAGGAGCACUCGCAGGGACGCAUUCACGGCGGAAGAGUGUCUGAUUAUUUCUACUGA